CGAUGAAAACCCGACCCGAACCCAUAUCACUAUUUCUAAUCAAACUAUCGUCUCCGUAUUUUGCUUAAUCCUCUGCAAAAACACUCAAAAUCGAAUUCGCAGCGAGGUUUUAUUUAUCGACGACACCCAUUUGGGAUAUCUUCCUCGACGGAGAACGACGAUUGAGAAAAAAAAAACCCGGUUUACAGGUAAUUGAAAAGCCGCCACAAUGGUGAAGACGACGAAGGGAGGCAAAACGAUGAACCCUACCGAUUCCUACCGCAAAGAGAUCCGCAAAAAGGAAUUGAAGCGGAACAAGAAGGAGAGAAAGAAGGUUCGGGAAGUUGGAAUCUUGAAAAAAGAUCCCGAUACUUUGAAAGACCAGAUCCAGAAGCUAGAAUCAAUGAAGGCAGAUGGUGCUUUGGACAAAGCGAGAAAACACAAAAAGAGACACCUUGAGGAUACACUCAAUCUUGUGAUUAAGAAGAGGAAGGAAUAUGAAGACAAAAUGAAGGAAAAGGGUGAAACACCAGUUAUGUUCAGUCACUUGGGACCUGUUCGGAGGCGAACUACUGCAGAAGAGGAAGAAAGAGCCAAGAAUCCCUUACCUGAAGACUCGGUUUAUUAUCACCCGACUCUGAAUCCUUCUGGAGCCCCUCCACCUGGAAAACCUCCAAUGUUCAAGUCAUCUAUAGGACCGAGGAUACCCUUACCAGAAACUUCAGCAAGUAAUGUUGCAUCAUCAUCAAAGUCAGAAGGAGAGGAUGCCACAUUAAUGGUCCCCCCUUUGCCGCCGCCGCCACCUCCUUUGCCCAGUACAGGCUUGGAUUCUGGAGAUGGCUCUAAUAUGCCCGUGUCUCUGCCUUUGCCGCCUCCACCCCCAAUGCCUCCAAAGCCGUCAAUGGCAGAUGCUUCAUCAUUAUUGCCGCCGCCACCUCCUCCACCCGGACCACCGCCUAAAGAACUACUUGCUAAUCGUCCCCCUCUUCCUCCACCUCCACCCAUCCACCAAUCUGCCCAUCCACCUCCCCCUGGUACUGUUGGUGGUAUUGAGAGAACCGCUAAGUCAGAUGAUCCAACCUCCAGAGAUUCAGUUCAGAUGCCAACCAGUCUUCCACCACUGCCUCCACCAGGUGGGCUGCCCUCACAGUUCAUCAUGAAUCAGCAUGAAAACUCAUCUUCCGAAUCCGAUGUAAGAACUCAUUUUGAUGCCAAAGAUAUGCUGAAGAUGGCUCCUCCACCACCACCGCCACCAAUGAGGCAACAGCAGCCAGUGCACGGUGCUCCCAUGGGCCCGAAUUUUCAGCACGACAUGCUUCCUCCGGGCAUUUUACGUUUUCCACCACCACCGCCGCCUCCAACAGAUAUGCGGCCCCCGUUGCCCCAUAUUGCUGGGCAACCUGUGCCACCUGGAGUCAUGGCACCACUAUUACCAAGACCGCCUUUUGGACCUCCACCUAUGAUGAGACCACCGCUUCCACCCGGCCCACCUCCUAUUCCACAAGAUGACCUCAUCAUGGCUCGACAAUCUGCACCUCACAAACCAUCGUAUGUGAAAUCAGCUGCAUCAACCGUUGUAAAGAGGCCUCUGGCACAGCAUACUCCAGAGCUUACAUCCAUGGUUCCUGCAUCUGUACGAGUGAGAAGAGAGUCCGCCCUGCCAAAACCGAAGCCAAAGGCGUCGACUUUGUUGCCCACAAAUCGGCCAAUUGUAGCUCCACUACGGCCUCUCGUGAAGAAAGAGUCGAGUAGCAAUUCCUCUGCACCAAAACAGAAAAGUAUUGACGAUUCGUAUUCGGCUUUUCUAGAGGACAUGAAAGCACUUGGUGCUCUUGAUAGCUAAUGAGCCUCGAACGCAACGGGAUUUCUUCGUAACUUUAAGUUGGGAUGUUCUCAUUUAUGUUGUGCUAAUUAGUUUUUGCACCUUCAGUUGAAGUUGUUAGAACCCUACUUAAUUAAUUAAUCCUUACUGAGAUACAAGUAACUUUUAUGGCACUCUCUUAUGUCUAUUGGCCAUAAUUCUUGUUUCUCUCAAGGAAUUACAGCUGGCAAAUUUAUUUUAUUUAGAUGAAAAAUUAUGUAUCUAUAUAA